AUGAUUGACCAAUUUCUUGUUUUUGAUUCUUCGGGAACUGUUAACUUCAACUAUCAGCCGGGCAAAAACUAUGCACGUGUAGCCAAUGCAUUCAUCAAUGAUGUUCUAAUCAAUGAGCGUAAAAUGAGGUAUGUUGAAGGUUCAGAAAUGAUGGGAAAUAAAAAUACCCAAGGUGAAGAAAAUGCGGCUGAAGCGGCUGAAGCAGAAGCAAAUGCAGCAUUGUACGAAAUAGAAGAGGAUGAAGAAGCGGGUGAUUAUGAUGGUAAAGAUAGUGAUGACAACGAUGAUAAUAAUAACCGCAGUGCAAAACCUAAGAUUAAAAAUGCUGGGAUGACUGAAUAUUCUGAAGAAAUGAAUAAAUAUGUGGAUGCCGAUAUUAAUCUGGGCAGCUACAUACAUGAUGGAUUCAACUUGAAAUAUUUAGUAUGGACAAAUGAGAAAACUAAAAAGAAGCUAUAUUUUGUAAUGAUAUACGCAAGCUUGAUAACAAUAAUUAAUCCAUUUGAGUUCUUAAAGAACGUUAAAAUUCUUUAUGAGAACUGUUCAACAGAUACCUUGAAAUUUGAGAAAUUCUUCCAUUUGAAACUGACAGAAAUCACAGAAGUAAAGCAGGAACCAACAAAGACACAUACGGAGCUAGUUAACGAGAACAAGAAAGGAAAGCCAGAAACUGUGAAACGUUCAAAAAAAUCUAGAAAAUGGAAUGCAGAUGGAACGUUCUAUGAAGAUGAUGGCAAAGACGAAUCUGAACUUGACUUCUCUACUGGAGAUAUUAAGCCGGAAAAUUAUUCCAGUUCCAACAUCCAGCAACUGGUAGGAGAUAGAAAACACUUUGGUACCAAGACAUCCGAAGGAUUUUUAGUAAGUGAUUUAUCUGACGAGAUGAAUAAAAUAAUUAUAUCAUCUAAAAAGAAGAUUGUAGAAAAAGAAAAGAAAUCAAACAGUGCCGCCUCCAAUGCUUUUGGAUUUUUAAAGAAAUACAUUGGUGGUAAAAAAAUAACUAAAGAAGAUGUCUCACAGAUCAAAACUGCGAUGGCACAGCAUCUAAUAAAGAAAAAUGUGUCUCCAAAUGUUGCCAACUCUCUAAUGGCCGAAGUUGAGAAAGACCUUGUUGGGCAGACUACCGAGUCGUUCACAUCGGUAGAAGAUACUGCCAAAACAUCGUUAGCAAAACAACUCAGGAUGUUGUUAACACCGAAUUCGUCUAUUGACUUACUUCACGAAAUACAAAGCAAGAAAGAAAGGGGAUUGGGACCAUACUCUAUCUCGGUUGUUGGUGUCAAUGGUGUUGGUAAAUCUACAAACCUUUCCAAGCUAGCCUUUUGGUUACUACAGAACGACUACAGAGUUUUAGUGGCCGCAUGUGAUACUUUCCGUUCAGGGGCUGUUGAACAAUUGAGGACACAUGUCAAUAACUUGGUACAAUUAUCGCCAAAUAAGAAACAAAUUGAAUUGUUUGAAUCUGGAUACGGUGGUGCCGAUUUAGUUGCUAAAAUUGCCACUGGGGCUAUAAAAUAUGCAAAAGAACAUAAUUUUGAUAUCGUUUUGAUGGAUACUGCUGGUAGAAGGCAUAACGAUUCACAUCUAAUGGCACCAUUAGCCUCAUUUGCUAAGGCUGCUAAUCCAGACAAAAUUAUCAUGGUUGGCGAGGCUUUAGUCGGAACAGAUUCUGUGUUGCAAGCACAAAAUUUCAAUAAAGCCUUUGGAGCAAAUAGGCACUUGGAUUUUUUCAUUAUUUCCAAAUGUGAUACUGUCGGUGACUUAAUUGGAUCCAUGGUUAACAUGGUUUUUGCCACUGGAAUUCCCAUUUUGUUUGUUGGAACGGGCCAAACCUAUACUGAUUUAAGAACUUUGAGUGUUAAUUGGGCAGUUGAAAUGCUCAUGUCAUGA